AUGAACUGUACCCGAUACUACCGGGAACGAGAGGCCGGGAGGUCCUGGUAGUUAAGGCAUUGGCUGGAACACCAAAAAGGAAAUCAAAUAGGGAUAAUAAUUCCUGCGUUCUGACAUUCGUCACCUCUUAGUCAGCCGUAUCGGCCCUAGAAACUCAUUCAGCUGUGUAUUUUGUGUGAAAGUGCCGAGUGAAGUCCGCAGCUGCUACGAUUUAUUUGUUUUUGGUGUGGGUGCAGGCGAUCUGCAGACAUAAAUGGUCAAAUUGGCAUACUAAGGACAGGUACCUAGCUACUUGUAUCAGAAAGUGGACAGAAGCAUCUUUGCUGUCAGAUUGUGAUGGCACUCCAUCCAUUGGUUGAAGAGUACCUGAACAUACCUCCUGUCACAAGGGCCUAUACCACAGCAUGCAUCCUAACAACUCUGGCAGUGCAACUGGACCUGGUAUCACCAUUUCAACUAUACUUCAACCCAAACCUGAUAGUCACACAUUUCCAAGUAUGGCGUAUCGUCACCACAUUUCUCUUCUUCGGUCCUGUCGGCUUCACCUUCCUCUUCAACCUGAUCUUCACGUACCGCUACUGCCGGUAUCUGGAGGACGGCUCGUUCCGCGGCCGCACGGCCGACUUCGUGCUCAUGUUCGCGUUCGGCGCCGCCUGCAUGGUGCUGUGCGCCCUGGUGGUCAACCUGCUCUUCCUGGGCCAGGCCUUCACCAUCAUGCUCGUCUACGUCUGGAGCAGACGCAAUCGUGACAUCCGGAUGAAUUUCUUCGGCCUCAUGAACUUCCAGGCGCCCUACUUGCCGUGGGUUCUCCUGGGGUUCUCACUGCUGCUGGGGAACUCCAUCGCGGUCGACAUCAUGGGCAUUGCGGUCGGGCAUGCGUACUUCUUCUUGGAGGACGUCUUCCCAAAUCAGCCAGGCGGCUUCCGCAUACUGCAAGUUCCUCGUAGCAUUGUGGCCCUAUUCGAGGGGGCCCCGCUGGACCCGACGUACGCGCCGCCGCCGGAGGAGCGGCCCGGCGGCUUCGACUGGGGCGCCCGGCCGCCGCCGGCCGACGGGCAGUGAGCCGCUGACCGGGACCAUUGACUGGCUCUCCGACGGCACCGACGCGGCGCCCGGACCAGCUUCGUGGCCGCAGCCGUUGUACCAGCGGAAGCCGCAGCUGCCAGUCGUGCUUGUGAUGCCGCGAAGGGGUCGGCCUGUGCUCGGGAGGGCGAUCAGCUCUCGAGAUCGCCGGUGCUCCGGAUUGUGGCGGCUGGGGGCUGUGGGCUGCCCAAUGGCGUCUGCUCUCAGAAACGCACGCGUGCCCACUGCCGAACCGCGUAACCCGUUGGAGCUGAGACCACAAUCGACGCCCGCUUUAGCGGAAUAAUAGAGAAGGGCAUAAAAGAAGAGCUGAGCUGCAUCAGUUUGCACUUUCUUUGGUACUUCAUGGUGUAUGCUUAAUAUUGGGAGCUGUCUGGUGCACAUCCGUUGCUUGUAAAGACAACACAAUGUUUGCGUGGAUAUGGAAAUGGAACACGAACCAAUUACUUGUGUCUAGUGCGGGUGAUUGACCUUUUCUCGCCGAGUGUGACGCACCGAUCGCCAUUUGCUUUGGAUUCAAAUAUGACAAUUUGUUGUGCUGUGCCGAACUAGGACACUUAGUUUAUUUUUAGGGGAAUCGCCGUUGUUUGAAGGUCUUAUCCGAUGAAAGCCAAAAAAAAAAAAUUAAGCAUCUUCUACUGCUGUGUUAACCUUUGAGCGGUGUUGUUUCUAAGCGUAAACCUGGUUGCGGGGGCUUAAGGUCGAUAAAGCACAUUCAGUUUGCCGUUGCUACCUUUUGUUCAUGCAUUUAGUCCCAACGUCCUGGUCGUCACCAAACGACUUAUGGUCGUGUGUUAUGGGUUGGCUUUGCCAGUUCGGCCUGCCUCCAAAAAUAGACGGCAGAUCGCGA